AUGUCGCGUGACGACGAAAUCAAUAGUCAACGAUCCGAAGCUAGAUCACGAUCAACAACAGUACGUGAAAUUCCUGUGCAGCGUACUAAUACUACUUCAGCUUCCAUGCCUUCCUCAACGUUAACAGCGCCAGCAGCUGUAGAUUAUCACAUAUCAAGCAUACCCUACGGUGAUUACCAUCAGGAAGAGUAUUAUCGCAAAGAAAUACGAACAAGGACGUAUAUCACACGUUCUACUGAAACUCUUUCUGCUCCACCACUUUCACGUUCUUCACCAAUUCUUGAACGUGAACGAUAUUCUUCUACUGAGAAUAAGUAUUAUCCAAAAGAUGAACGUUCUGUUGACUAUAAUUAUAAAUACAUGAGAAGUUUGGAAGAAGAAGAACGUCGAAUUAAAAAAGACCAAGAAGAAAGGCAACGUGAAGAAGAAGCACGAAGAAAACGAGCUGCAGAAGAACGACGGUUAUGGGAGAUAAAAGAACGUGAAUAUUUAGAACGUAAGCGGCGUGAACUUGAAAUAAAGCAACAAGAAUUAGAAAGCGAACGCAUGGAACGUGAGCGACUGGAAAAACAACGUUUGGAUCGUGAACGUGCAGCACGGGAAAAUGAAGAAAUGCAAAGACGAGCUGAAUGGGAACGCUCUGAACGUAAUCGUCGAGAAUACGAAGAACGUGAAUUGGAAAAAUGGCGUGAGAUGGAAAAAAGUCGACUAGAACGAGAAAGGUUUGAAGCAGAACGACGUGAACGCGAGCGUUUAGAACAGGAGCGUAGAGAACGGGAAUGUGAACGAAUGGCACGAGAAAAGGCAGAAAGAGAACGCUUAGAACGUGAACGAUUAGAACGUGAAAGAAUUGAAACAGAGCGAUUAGAAAUUGAACGAAUUGAACGUAUUAAACGCGAGCGUUUAGAACGUGAAAAACAAGAACGUGAAAAAGAAAAGCAAGCACUAGAAGAAGUUGAAAAGCAACGUCGAGAGCAAGAACGUAUUGCUCGUGAAAAGCAAGAACUGAUAAGAAUGGAAGAAGAAUUGUUAGAAAUGCAAAGACGAGAAGCUCAAAUGCGUGAAGUUGAACGGAUUGAAGAAGAAAAUCGUGAAGCUCUCAGAAGAGAACAAGAAAAAAGGUUAAUUUAUACAAAUUUAAUAUAUCGUUCCUCAUUCAUCUAA